AUGCACGGAAAAGCAUCUUCCAAAGACCAACGCCCAAAGAGCAAUAUUAACUCUACUCCUGUCCUGUCUCUUGGUACAACAAUGAAACAAUAUAGUUUGAUUUUGUUUCUCUCAUCCGUUAUUGUCUUCUUCACGACGACCACGGCCACAACCACUUUACCGGCGAGUCUCUCAUCAAAUGCCACAUUCCCGGCGUUGAUAGUCUUUGGCGAUUCGUAUGCCGAUACCGGAAAUAACAAUUACCUCAACACGAUCGCAAAAUGUAAUUAUCCACCUUACGGUAUCAAUUUCGAAGGUGAUACUCCGACUGGAAGAUUCGGCGACGGUGAAGUUUUUCCCGACUUAAUAGCCGAAGGUUUGGGAAUUAAACGAACAAUACCAGCCUCUUUAGAUCCGAGUUUAACACCUCAAGAUCUUCUCACCGGUGUUAGCUUCGCUUCUGGUGGUUCUGGUUUUAACCCUCGGAUAUCCAAAAGCAGGUCAGCGUUGUCAAUGACAGACCAGUUGAAACAAUUAAAAGAGUACAUAGAAAAAUUGAAACAAAAUGGAGGAGAAGAGACAACGGAUUAUAUAAUAUCGAAAAGCUUAUUCCUCGUGGUCGCCGGCAGCAACGAUGUGCCCAGCGCUACGGCUGGGAAUUUUCAAUUAGACGUCCCUUCAUACACCUCUUCUGUCAUAAAACUUGCCUCUGAUUUCAUGAAAAAACUAUAUGGAUAUGGAGCAAGAAGAAUAUUGGUCGUAGGUGUACCACCAUUUGGAUGUCUACCAUCACAAAGGACAUUAGGAGGAGGUCUUCAAAGAGAUUGUGAUCAGAAUUACAAUGAUGCAUCAAAGCUUUUCAAUUCAAAGCUCUCUUCGAUGCUGGAUUCACUAUCAGAAACCUUACAAGACGCCAAAUUGGUUUAUUUUGACUACUACAACUCUCUUCUUGAGCUCAUCCAAAGCCCACAAAAAUACGGAUUUGAAGUGGCGGAUAGAGGUUGUUGUGGAACAGGAUUGAUAGAAGUCAUUUGGUUGUGCAACAAAUAUACGGCAUCGCGAGUUACAAAUCCAGGACCUGCCCCGGCACCAGAGCCUAAGCCAUGUCCGAGUCCAGGGCCAAACCCCGGACCAGCGACACCUAGGACACAUAACACUACGUUUCCGGCUAUCUUUGCCUUUGGGGAUUCGAUCUUAGACACAGGAAAUAACGAUUAUAUUUUGACCUUGAUCAAAGCUAAUUUUCUUCCAUAUGGCAUGAAUUUUCCAGAUAAAGUUCCCACGGGCAGAUUUUGCAACGGCAAAAUCCCUUCGGACUUUAUCGCGGAUUAUUUAGGAGUAAAACCAGUUGUGCCGGCAUAUUUGAGACCGGGACUGACCCAGGAAGAUUUACUCACUGGUGUAUCCUUUGCUUCGGGUGGUUCUGGCUACGAUCCUUUGACACCUAUCGUAGUAAGUGCAAUAUCGAUGUCAAAACAAUUGACAUACUUUCAAGAAUACAUAGAGAAAGUGAAAGGCUUUGUGGGAAAAGAGAAAGCCGAGCACAUAAUAUCCAAAGGCCUAGCCCUUGUGGUAGCGGGCAGCGACGAUCUGGCCAAUACCUACUAUGGUGAACACUUAGAGGAAUUCUUGUAUGACAUCGAUACAUAUACCUCUUUUAUGGCUAGCUCUGCUGCAAGUUUCGCUAUGCAACUAUAUGAAUCAGGAGCAAGAAAAAUAGGAUUCAUUGGUGUUUCUCCUAUCGGGUGUAUACCGAUACAGAGAACCACAAGAGGAGGACUUACUAGAAAAUGUGCUGAUGAAUUAAACUUUGCAGCUCAGCUUUUUAAUUCCAAACUCUCCACAAGUUUGAACGAAGUGGCUAAAACCAUGAAAAAUACCACAUUGGUGUACAUUGACAUCUACUCUUCUUUCAAUGAAAUGAUUCAAAACCCCAAAAAAUAUGGAUUUGAUGAGAUUGAUAGAGGAUGUUGCGGGACGGGGCUAGUCGAAUUAGGUCCGCUUUGCAACAAAUUCACAUCACUUCUUUGCAAGAAUGUCAUGAACAGACGGCUCUGGCCUUGGCCAUUGUGGCCACGACCGUAUCCACAGCCGUGGCCAAUGAAUCCACCAGCACCUGACCCAUCACCAAAGCCUUCCCCACCACCUGUCCCAUCACCAAAACCUGUCGCACCACCAGGCCCAUCUCCAUGCCCGUCACCACCACCAAAGCCUCAACCCAAGCCACCACCAGCACCUAGCCCAACUCCAUGCCCAUCACCACCACCUAAGCCUCAACCAAAGCCAGCGUCACCACCAGCAUGCCCACCAACACCACCUAAACCUCAACCAAAGCCAGCACCACCACCAGCACCUAAGCCAGCGCCAUGUCCAUCACCACCUAAGCCACCAGCCCCAACUCCAAAGCCUGUGCCACCACAUGGCCCACCUCCAAAACCUGCUCCAGCACCAACGCCUGCCCCCUCGCCAAAACCUGCCCCAUCACCACCUAAGCCAGAAAACAAAACCAUACCGGCCGUGUUUUUCUUUGGGGAUUCAGUCUUCGACACAGGAAAUAACAAUAACCGAGAAACAAAGAUAAAAAGUAAUUAUCGUCCCUAUGGUAUGGAUUUUAAAUUUGGAGUUGCUACUGGUAGAUUCAGCAAUGGAAUGGUUGCUUCCGAUUAUUUAUCCAAAUACAUGGGAGUAAAAGAAACUGUACCGGCAUAUUUAGACCCAAAAGUACAACCAAACGAUCUUCUUACGGGCGUAUCUUUUGCAUCGGGUGGUGCUGGCUACAAUCCUACGACAUCCGAAGCAGCGAAUGCAAUACCAAUGCUGGACCAAUUGACAUAUUUCCAAGACUACAUAGAGAAAGUAAAUAGGUUAAGACAAGAGAAGAGCCAAGAAAAGUUGGUAGGUUUAGAGAAGACUAAUCAGCUAAUAGCCAAAGGAGUAGCAAUUGUCGUCGCCGGAAGCAAUGAUCUUAUCAUUACAUAUUUUGGAAGUGGUGCUCAACGACUCAAAAAUGACAUCGACUCUUAUACCACUAUCAUUGCUGAUUCUGCCGCCAGUUUCGUUUUGCAAUUGUAUGGGUAUGGAGCAAGACGUAUUGGAGUGAUCGGAACACCACCACUUGGAUGUGUACCAUCACAAAGAUUAAAGAAAAAGAAAAUAUGCAAUGAAGAGCUUAAUUAUGCUUCUCAGCUUUUCAAUUCUAAGCUCCUCCUUAUUUUGGGUCAACUGUCAAAAACCCUACCAAAUUCUACAUUUGUUUAUAUGGACAUCUACACUAUCUUCAGUCAGAUGCUAGAAACUCCUGGGGCUUAUGGAUUUGAGGAGACAAAGAAACCGUGUUGCAAAACAGGAUUAUUAAGCGGAGGUGCCCUCUGCAAGAAGGCUACAUCGAAAAUCUGUCCCAAUACAUCGUCUUAUUUGUUUUGGGACGGUGUGCAUCCUACUCAAAGAGCUUAUAAAACUAUAAACAAAAAGACAUGGGCUGUUUCUGUGACUAAAAAUGUAGUUAAGCAAACAACAUUUGAGAUAGUAAUGUAAGAGUUUUCUUUUGUGUCAAACAGAAUCCCCAUUGAGUCAUGUUUGUAUUAGUGAAUGAUCAUGUUUGUGGUGUAAUGGCCAAAUAAAUUUAAUCUGUAAUU